UUAUUAUAAAAGUAACACAGUUGUCAGAUGACAAGAUGAUGUUUGUGCAGUAAUGCUGGAGACACUGCUAUUAGGCUGAGGGACGUAAAUUACAAUGGAAUCAACAGAUUUUAAUUUUGACUAUAACAGUUACAUUGAUUAUGAUAAUUCCACCUCCUCUGAUAAUUUAACUCAUGAAGAAGUUUCUUUCCACGUCCACCCCAUCACAUGUUUCACUCAGGUUCUUUGCCUGUUGUUGCUGGUGAUCAACGUGAUCAUCUGUUUGCUGGGCCUUGGAGGAAAUGGUGUGGUUAUCUGGAUUGCAGGGUUUGGCAUGAAGAAGUCAGUCAAUACUAGCUGGUACUUGAGUCUGGCUGUGUCUGACUUCAUAUUCUGUGCCUGUUUGCCUUUUAACAUUGCCUACAGCGUCACAUCCGAAUGGAUCUUUGGCCUCUUCAUGUGCAAGUUCACAUCCUUCAUCAUGUUUCUCAACAUGUUCAGCAGCAUCUUCCUCCUCGUCAUCAUCAGUGUGGAUCGCUGCGUCGCCGUCAUGUUUCCUGUUUGGGCACAGAAUCAACGCACUACUGGAAAAGCAUCUGUAUUAAUUGUACUCGCAUGGAUCUUCUCUACAGCUUUAAGUAUCCCAUCUAUCAUGUACCGUGACGUCCAGAAUCACCUGGGCACAAACCGAUGCAUUAACAUUUACACGUCCAGCCAGUACACCCAUGAAAUCAUCGCCAUGAGCCGCUUUGUUUUUGGAUUUGUGAUCCCUUUCAUCCUCAUCAUUGUUUGUUAUACCGUCAUCAUCCUCAGACUGAGAGCCACCCAGAUGGCGAAGUCCAACAAACCUUUUAAGAUCAUGACGGCUCUCAUUCUGACCUUCUUCCUGUGCUGGCUGCCCUACCACACAUUUGUGCUAAUCGAACAAAAAAAAACCUUCAACACUGAGGUCAUUGCUCUCGGACUGAAAAUUGGCACCACUGUUGCUGCUGCAAACAGCGUCCUAAACCCCGUUUUGUACGUUUUCAUGGGCAAUGACUUCAGGAAGAAGUUCAGGAGCUCCAUCUUAUCAAAGAUUGAGAAUGCUAUUGGAGAAGAGGGCCGAACCAUCAGUCGCUACCUGUCUCGCUCCAGCUCAGUGGAUGCUAGGGCGUCCACUCAUAUCUAAAGAAUAAACUCAAAGUAAUAUUUUUUUCAGCCACUUUUCAAAGAAGGGAUGCCAAUUAAAUGCAUUCAUUUAGUAUGAUUAAUUUUAAACUGAAAUAGAAUACAAUAACACACUUAAGUGUGCCUCCUGUCUGUAAAUGCAAUAAUAAAAAAAGUUUAAAAAGUUGUAAAAUAGUAAAAAAAAAAAAAAAGGAUUAUUGAAUUAUGUUUUACUAUAUAUAUUUGUGUGUUUUUCUACUUGAUGUAUGUUUGAUAUAUACAUAAACCAAAAAAAAUAAGUUGAAUGUUGAAAACCCGUCCUGUGUGAACACCCUCUAAAGUCAUAUGUUUAUGUUGAAUGAUAAGGAAAUUAAAUAGUAUUUUGACUUCUUAAUCCACUAUUUGCUUUUUACUUGUCCAAGCCUACAUUUGCAGCUUUGCAAUUAGAAUAUGCAAUUCAUUUGAAUACAUUUUUUAUUUACAAUCUAAAAACAAACCAUCAUUAUGCACAAUGCAAAUGGCUUCCUGAUGCAAGGUAGCGUUCAUUAAUCUUCAUAACGACUUGUACUAAUCUAGUACAGUUCUUAAUGUUUUUGAAAUUCUCUGUGAAUAAUAAACAUUUUUGUUUUGACUGCGAUUAUGGCACCAUGAGCUACACAGCAUAACACAUUUCAGCAUCCUCCUACAAUGGUAAACGCGGUAGAGAUGUAUAACUGAGAUGAUUUUUUUUUAAGUCUUUCUUUUAGUUCAAACCAGCUUAUCGCUAACUAUCAGAUAAACUGAGCUGUUCUGAAUAAGGUUCUUGUUAAGUGUGGGCUGUCGACAGUCUCAUUCCUUUGAAUUGUUUUUUUGUUUGUUUGUUUUUGCAUUGUACAGAGGAACUUGGUGUUAAAAUGUUUGGGCAAUAGUUCAGUCUGCACUUAUCAGCAAACAACACAGCAGCAGAAGUUGAUUUCUUAAGCAUUGCAAAGGGCAUUGUGAGGCUUCCUUUGUGAGGUAGGUUAACUUCAGAUGUCAUAUGUGUAUCUGAUCAUACAGUGAACACUUGUUUUCAGUUGAAUUUUAAAGACAGUAAGCAAAAUAAUUAAGAUGCAUAUGAUUAUCAAUUCUAUGUUUCAAUAAAAUCAACUAGGAUAUUUUCCAAAUUAGGAUUGCAAUAACAGUAGAUAACAGAUACAAUACAAAAUGAGAAACGUUAUACUAACUUAAAUGUAGCAGUCAUCAAGUUACAUUUAAACUGCACUUAAGAUUCAAAUGUGAAUAACAUGAAACUUGUGUAAAUUGUUCUGUUCUGUGAUUCUUUAUGGAUUAAAUUUUGAAAUGUUUUUUUAAGUAACAAAUUAGGCAAUUUUCUUCAUACAAACAGGCAUGCAUGUAACCCAUCAAAUAUAAUUUAAGGUCAAAAAAGCAUAAUCAGAAAGUGUAAACAUGUUACAUGAAAAAAAGGAAGCUAUGGGAGAAUUCUGCUUGCAUUGUGCUUUUUACUGGUCCUUUCUGACAGUUCAUCGGAAAUAUAUUGUAUGCAUCAUGCAGAAUUUGUUCUGUUAUUUUACUACUGAGAGGAGUUUUUUUCAAUGGUGACCCACCAAGAGACUGCCAGUGAAAAUGAUCUAUUGGUUAAGUAGGCAAAAAAAAAAAAAAAAAAAAAAAA